AUGCGAACUUCCUCUUCUUCCUCGUCCCACCACUUGGAAGAUGCAAGACGAGAAUCUCGUCGAUGGAAAGAGCCUCCGCAAAAGGCGCUACGUCCGGAAAAUAUCCAACUUCGAGAGAGCAGUAUGAAUGAGGAAAAAACUAAAGAUGCCAUCUUCUUUCUUGGUCGCGCUAUAGAAGAACGUGGUAUAGAAAAUGAAAUUGCGACAUUUUUAAAGCGGAAAUUUGACGAGAAACAUGGUGGCAGCUGGCAGUGCAUCGUUGGACGUAACUUCGGAAUGCAUCUGGACUGUGUUGAAUUCGUCCACAUGUACAUAAGCAAGAUCUCAAUCCUCUUAUUUCGCUGCUGA